AUGAUGGAGAGUAACCUUGAUAUCCUGGUCAAGCCAAAUGUUGAGAGUGCGCACGAGGAGUAUCUCGAAAAAAGCCUAACGGUCGACACUGUCCACAACGAUCAAGGUUUAGAAGUCAUCGCCCAUUAUGACGGCGAGAAAGCAUGGGAUCCCGAGGAAGAGAAGAAGCUCGUUCAUCGCAUCGAUUUGAGGUUGCUGCCGAUUCUCUGUGUCACUUACGGCAUUCAAUACUAUGACAAGUCGACCAUUUCUCAAGCGGCAAUCUUCGGACUGACAAAGGACCUACACCUCACCGGGAAUCGAUACUCUAUGUCAGCUUCCAUUUUCUAUAUUGGUUUCAUCGCCGGAGUCGCUCCCAUCAUGUUGUUGGCCCAGCGCUACCCACUUCAAUACAUCGCGGCGGGAACCGUUGGCGUUUGGGGUGUUACUCUGAUGGCUACGGCAGGCUGCACCACUUUCCAAGGUCUCUACACGCAGCGAUUUUUCCUUGGCUUUCUCGAAGCGGGAAUCUCGCCCAUGUUCAUGUUGAUCGUGGGAAGCUGGUACAAGAAGAAUGAACAAGCUCUCCGGAUGGGGGCAUGGCUUUCUUGUACAGGAUACGUCGCCCUAUUUGCUCCACUAAUCAACUAUGGGCUCGGACACAUCACCGGUACCGCGCUGCAUUCCUGGCAAUACAUGUUCCUGGUUGCUGGUGGCAUGACUGUUCUCUGGUCUUUGGUAAUCUUGUUCCUCCUGCCAGCGGAGCCGACACAUGCAAAAUGCCUCGACGAGCGACAAAAAUAUAUUGCUGUUUCUCGGCUGCAGACUAACAAUACCGGAGUUCGAAACGUCCAUUUCAAACCCGCGCAGAUUGUGGAAUGCCUACUCGACAUCAAAUUCUGGCUCAUCUUCUUCUUUUCAUUCUUCACGCAGAUUGCGAACGGACCGGUCAGCACUUUCAGCCCCAUCAUCAUUCACGGAUUCGGAUACAGUACACUGAAUACGCUGCUGCUGAACAUGCCACCGGGCUUCAUAUUGGGCACCGUGGACCUCAUCGCAUGCUAUGUGGCAUGCCGUGUUCCCGGGGUUCGAACAUACAUCAUCCUUGUCUGCCACAGCAUUUCGGUGGCCGGUGCACUCAUGCUGUGGCUCUUACCUCUACACGCCAAAGGAGCAUUGGUCGUCGCGACCUGCCUUCUCCCCGUCUACGGUGGCAGCAUAGCUAUCGCCGUCGGACUACAGAUUGCCAAUACGGCAGGCUAUACCAAACGUACUGUAUCGUCCGCGGGCAUCUAUAUCGGCUACUGCUUGGGAAACAUCACAGGGCCUUUAUUUUUCAAGCCACAAGACGCUCCACGCUACCAACCGGCAUUUAUCACCGUCACGAUUACUACCAUUGCCGCUGCACUGACGGCUCUUGCUUAUCGGCUUACUUGCAUCUACCAGAACAAGCAGAGGGACCGUGCAGGUACGAUGGAAGCAUUUGACCAUGCUUUUGAGGACGACGUCACGGAUCGGAAGAAUCCACAAUUCCGGUACAUCUACUGA